AAAAAGCCAUUUUCCAAGCUGGUUCAAAAGCGCAUACCUGACACUUGACACUCGAUACUCAUUCUCAUCUCUAUCUCUCCCAGCAGUUGUUGCAAUGGCGCCGCCGUCGGUCCCAGAAACCCUAACCCGAGAGCAGUACGUGUAUAUGGCGAAACUCGCCGAGCAGGCCGAGCGGUACGAGGAGAUGGCGAAGUUCAUGGAGAAGCUCGUCUUCGAUUCCACCCCCGUCGGCGAGCUCACCGUCGAGGAGCGCAACCUCCUCUCCGUCGCCUACAAGAACGUCAUCGGCGCGCUCCGCGCCGCCUGGAGGAUCGUGUCGUCAAUAGAGCAGAAGGAGGAGGGGCGCCAGAACGAUGAUCACGUGUCUCUCGUCAAGGACUACAGAUCCACGGUGGAGUCAGAGCUCUCAGAGGUCUGCGCUAAUAUAUUGAAACUGAUCGAGUCGCAUCUCAUACCUUCGGCUUCGUCCAGUGAGUCCAAGGUGUUUUUUCUGAAGAUGAAGGGGGAUUAUCAUCGGUAUCUGGCGGAAUUCAAGUUUGGAAAUGAGAGGAAAGAAGCCGCCGAGUUUACUAUGCUCGCCUACAAGGCUGCUCAGGAUAUUGCGCAUGCUGAUCUUUCUCCAACACAUCCCAUAAGGUUGGGGCUGGCACUCAACUUCUCAGUGUUUUACUAUGAGAUUCUUAAUUCGUCAGAGAAAGCUUGUAGCAUGGCCAAACAGGCCUUUGAGGAAGCCAUUGCUGAGCUGGACACAUUGGGUGAAGACUCCUACAAGGACAGUACUCUCAUCAUGCAACUCCUCAGGGACAAUCUCACUCUUUGGUCUUCAGAUAUGCAGGAGCAGUUAGAUGAGAUUUAAGCUAAUGGAUUGCUAUGCUCCUUGAGGGAGGUGGGCUUGAAUGUCAUUAUUUAUCUGUAAUCUGCACAUAUGACCGAUCAGAUGUUUUCUCGUAUAAAUAGCAUGAACUAUGAUGAUUUUAAUGUUAAAACUUGCGCUGGUUUUUAAUUUCCUAAUGAUUUCAAUAGUUUCA